AUGGCAGAAUCUCUCACAACAUCCACUGCAAUCGCAGACGACAGCAUCGGACACAGCCACAAGCAUACCGCUGAUCCCUCAACCACGGCCAACACCACCACCGAACAUGGCCAAGAACACGAGAAGAAAGGUAUCUUGGGCAAGAUCAAGGAUAAGCUGUCCCCGAGCAGUAACAACCAUGGAGGCUCGCAGUCGGUAACUGGUGGGGACGCGACGCAUAUUGGACGGGACGAAGGAGUGAAGCAUGCCUUUGGAGGAACGGCUGUCAAUGCAGAGACUAUGCAUCGAGGUCCAGCGGCGGGUCAGGACUUGAACAGAGAGUAA